CUCCAGCCACCAGUUCUGCCUGAGUCCAGGUGCCUCUCCAUCCGGCCAUGGCGCUGUCCUGGGCCCUCACCGCCCUGAGCCUCCUUCCCCUGCUGGAUGCCCAGAGCCCGGUGUGUGCCAACCUCACGGCGGAGCCUAUCACCAACGCCACCCUGGACCAGAUCUCUGGCAAGUGGUUUUACAUCGCCUCGGCCUUCUACAACCCGGAGUUCAACCAGUCGUCUAGAACGAUCCAUGCAGCCUUCUUUUAUUUUGCUCCCAACCAUACUGAUGACAAAAUACUGCUCAGAGAGUACCAAACCAUUGGGGACAAGUGCGUCUACAACUCCAGCUAUCUGAAGGUCCAGCGGGAGAAUGGGACCCUGUCCAAAUACGAGUAUGGAAAAGAACAAUUUGCCGAUCUCCUGCUCACCAAGGAUCCCAAGAUCUUCAUGCUUGGCUUUGCCCUCAAAGAUGAGCAGAACAAGGGACUGUCCUUCUAUACUGACAAGCCAGAAGUGACAGAGGAGCAAAUGAGAGUGUUCCACGAAGCCAUCACGUGCAUAGGCAUGCAGAAGUCGGAGAUCAGUUACACCGAUGCGAAAAAGGAUCUGUGUGGACCGCUGGAUAAGCAGCACAAGGAAGAAAGGCAGAAGGAGAAGGAGGGAGACACAGCACUGGGUUAGGCCCUCGGGGACGUGGGGGCCCGUCGGCAGCCCUCUGCCCACCCCCUGCACAUCAGGUUUUCGUCUCAGCUGCAUCAAUACAGCUCCUGCAUGUGAAACAGGA